ACCGCCGAGGUGGGGAGGGGGCCGCCGGAGCGGCGGAGAGGGGCGGGGCGUUGCUGAGGGCGACUGGCGGCGAGAGCGAGGCUGAGAGCGAAGGGUGAGAGGGAGAGAGAGGGAGAGAGAGAGAGAGAGAGAGAGAGAGAGAGAGAGAGAGAGAGAAAGAAGAGAGGGAGGCCGAGAGAGAGAAGCUGAAACGGAGAAGGAGAUCUAGAGCGAGAUCGCUGCGCAGGGUCGCGUGGGCGGACGGUCGACGCGGCCUGCUCCGGCCCGAGGACGGAGCAAGGCAGUGAACCCGCGGGCCCGAGGGAGGCGGAGGACGGGCAGGACGCGUGCGCGGGCCCGGGCCCAGCCACCAUGACAGAAGAGUCUGAGGAAACGGUCCUCUACAUUGAGCAUCGCUAUGUCUGCUCUGAGUGUAACCAGCUCUUUGGCUCCUUGGAGGAUGUGCUCCUGCAUCAGAACUCGCAUCUCCCUCAGCAGCACUUUGAGGUGGUGGGUGUGGCCGAUCCUGGGGUCUCUGUGGCUGCAGAAGCUCCCAGUGGCUCUGGCCUCUACCAGACUUUGGUGCAGGAGAGCCAGUACCAGUGCCUGGAAUGUGGGCAGCUCCUCUUAUCCCCAGGUCAGCUGCUUGAGCACCAGGAGAUGCAUCUCAAGCUGCUGAGCACCCAGGAGCCGGCCCCCCCCGAGACGCCCCCAGCCAAGCCACCCCCCGCCAUCUCUGCCAGCACCAUUCACUAUGAGUGUGUGGACUGCAAGGCGCUCUUUGCGAGGCAAGAGCUGUGGUUGAGCCAUCGCCAGACACACCUCCGGGCCGUGGCAGCUGUUGCAGCUGCAGCAGCUUCCCCUCCCCAGCCUUCCCCACCCCCGGCUGUUGGGCCCCAGCUAGGCCAAGCCCAGGUGGCCCUGGAGCACUCCUAUCGCAAGUCAGAGGAGGCCGGGGAGGCUGCUGGCCCGGCAGGGGCUGGGGAGGUGGUGGCCGAGGUCGAGCUGCUUCUUUAUAAGUGUUCUGAGUGCUCCCAGCUCUUCCACUUGCCCGGUGACUUCCUGGAGCACCAGGCCACUCACUUUGGUCCGUUGGCCCCUGGCCCUGAGACUGCUGGGGCCCCUGACCUGCCCCCGACCUCUGACCACAGCUACGAGCUUCGUAAUGGUGGUGAGGGUGCAGGCAGUGGGAGCGGGCGGGAGCGCAGGGGCAGCCGGCGGCUGCUGCGACGCGCUAGCGGGGAUUCCCCUGGGGUGGCCUCCCCAGAGCUCUUCUGCCCCACCUGUGACCAGCUCUUCCUGUCCCCACAUCAGCUGCAGCAGCAUUUGCGCAGCCACCGCGAGGGGCUCUUCAAGUGCCCUCUCUGUAGCCGCGCCUUCCCCAGCCCACCCAGCCUGGACCAGCACCUGGGUGAGCAUAGUGGUGAAUCCCACUUCCUGUGUGUGGACUGUGGCCUGGCCUUUGGCACAGAGGCCCUCCUUCUGGCGCACCGCCGCACCCACACCCCCAACCCACUGCACUCGUGCCCCUGCGGCAAGACCUUUGUCAACCUCACCAAGUUCCUUUAUCACCGGCGCACACAUGGUGCAGGGGGUGUCCCCAUCCCCGCCCCUGCCCCUGCGGCACCCUCUGAGGAUCCUGAGCCUGCUCCCACUGAGGCAGGAGGAGCCUCGGGGGCUGUGACCUCUCCCACUAGCCUCCCUGCAUCGUCGGGCUCCCACCGCUGCCUCCUCUGCAGCCGUGAGUUCAGCAAGGCCCUUCAGCUUGCCCGCCACCAGCGCUUUGUGCACCGGCUGGAACGGCGGCAUAAGUGCGGCGUCUGUGGCAAAAUGUUCAAGAAGAAGUCUCAUGUGCGUAACCACCUGCGCACCCACACGGGUGAGCGGCCCUUUCCCUGCCCCGACUGCGCCAAGCCCUUCAACUCACCUGCCAACCUGGCACGGCACCGGCUCACUCACACUGGAGAGCGCCCCUACCGCUGCGGUGACUGCGGCAAGGCCUUCACGCAGAGCUCCACACUGCGCCAGCAUCGCCUUGUGCAUGCCCAGCACUUCCCUUACCGCUGUCAGGAGUGUGGCGUGCGCUUCCACCGCCCCUACCGCCUGCUCAUGCACCGCUACCACCACACAGGCGAGUACCCAUACAAGUGCCGCGACUGCCCACGCUCCUUCCUCCUGCGCCGCCUGCUCGAGGUACACCAGCUGGUGGCCCACGCAGGGCGCCAGCCUCACCGCUGCACAGCCUGUGGCGCAGCCUUCCCCUCGUCACUGCGCCUGUGUGAGCACCGCUGUGCUGCAGCCCAGGCCCAGGCCCCCCGACGUUUUGAGUGCGCCACCUGUGGCAAGAAAGUGGGUUCUGCUGCCCGGCUCCAGGCCCAUGAAGCUGCCCAUGCAGCAGCUGGUCCAGGGGAGGUCCUAGCCAAGGAGGCAGCCACACCCCGACCCCCUCGGGCCACACGCCCGCCGCCCCCUGCCUCCUUGCCUGCUGUCUCACCUGCCACAGCCCCUCCAGCCCCUGCCCGGCGACGGGGGCUGGAAUGUAGUGAGUGUAAGAAGCUCUUCAGCACAGAGACAUCAUUGCAGGUGCAUCGGCGCAUCCACACAGGGGAGAGGCCUUACCCGUGCCCAGACUGUGGCAAGGCCUUCCGCCAGAGCACCCACCUCAAAGACCACCGACGCCUCCAUACCGGGGAGCGGCCCUUCGCCUGUGAGGUGUGCGGUAAGGCCUUCACCAUCGCCAUGCGCCUCGCAGAGCACCGCCGCAUCCACACCGGAGAGAGGCCCUAUGCCUGCCCUGACUGUGGCAAGAGCUAUCGCUCUUUCUCCAACCUCUGGAAACACCGCAAGACCCACCAGCAGCAACACCAGGCAGCUGUGCGCCAGCAGCUGGCCGAGGCAGCGGCUGAGGCAGCAGCCACCCUCACAGUGGUGGAGACGGCAGUUGAAGGUCUGCCCCUGGUAGAAACCAUUGAGAUCUACCCACUGGCAGAAGGCGAUGGGGUGCAGAUCAGCGGCUGACUCCAGGGUGGGGGGAGUCCCUGUUCCCCUCAAGCUCAGAUACAAUGUCAUUGUCCCCACCAGGCCUGGCUGUGACCAGUUUGGGCAGGAGGCCACCCUGUCCGCUGUACAUACUGUGUCCUCUCCUCUCCCGUCUUUGGUGUUAGUUCAGUAACUGGAUUUUUCUCUCAUCGCAGUUAAGUCCUCCUCAUCCCAGGGUCCCUGCUAUUCCCAUUUGUCCCCUGCCCUCACAGAGCAGUUCCCAGCCCUGGGCCAAGGCAGCCAAUAAAGACUGAAUUGGACACAUAUGGGUGUUUUCUUUGGGAUGUGGCUGAGGGGGGCAUCAUUUCAUCGGGCUUGCCCUGCUCUCUGUGGUCACAAAGGGAGGUGGUUGGUAUACUGAAAAGCAGGGUGGAGGUUGGCCACUAGAGGUCCCCACAGGGCCCCAGACAAACCUGGGUGAGCAGGCAGUCUAUUGUCAGGUUUCCAGUGUUGACCGUGGCCUCCUCCCCAAAAAUCUCAUGUCACACCCCUGCAUCAUGUCCCUGUGUGGCCUGCCCACAUCAGAGUCAGAGUCAGGAAGGAAGCAUGAAGGACGUGCUUAGGACUUACAUGAGUCUGAUCCUAGGGAACCUUGCCUCUCAGUACGGUCACUCAGAGACUCCACUUUAUGCAUUGGAGAGACUGGAUCCCUGUAGGAUCAGAAAUGACCCUUCUCAACUGGCAGCCUCUCCUUUCCCUCCGUGCUGCUUCCUACACCUGGAGCCAGUUCUGGUUAUAAUUCCAAAUUUCCUAGGGCUUUAAUUCCCCCUACAGAGCCAGCAUUUUAAGUAAAGCCUUGACUUAAGGCAAUUCCUGAGAAAUGUGGUCUUGCCACCU